UUUUUCAACUAAAUUCUUUACUGAAAAUUCAAAAUUUCUUUAGCUCUCCCGCUCCUGGAUCUCGUUACCCUCCAGUAAUUUUACUAAAAAUAUAAAAAUUUUCGUAUAGAAAAAAAAAAUACAUGUGAUCUAUAAUUUUUUUUUUCUUAUAAAUUUAUUACAGUAAUAAAGAAUAUGCAAAUAAUUCCACAUAUUUAUAUAUACAUAUCUAUAAGUUCAUGUUAUAUAAGGCCAUAAACAAUCGAUCAAACUUCUGGUACUUAAACUGUAAUUUCUAUAUAAAAAAUUUGUAUAAUCAAUAAUAGUUAAACUCAUUACAAUUUAAAUCUUCCUAGUAAAUUUUUGAAUAUUAAAUUUAAAAAUAUAAAUAUUAAGCACCGUGAAGUUGUGCGACAAAAUUUACCGGACCAGAGAUAGUUUAUUAUAAUAAAUUUGGUUAAAAUUUAUUGAUAAUAAUUAAUAAAUUAUUGUUACUAAUAAGAAAUGUCUACUGCAAAAGCAUCGAAUAGUACGAAAAAAAAAUCAACGACAUUUGAAAAUGGGGAAAAAAAGAUCCAGAGUCAGUCGAAAAAACGAUCAUCAAUUAAAAGUGAAAAUUUCGAUGCCGAAAGUAAUGGACCCCGGCAUUGUUUGAUUGAUGAAACUGCCGAAGAAGACAGUUCUGAUGAUGAACCUGAGUCGGAAAGCGAUGAAGAAACACCUUUUGUGAAAGAUAAAACUCCCGAACACGCUUCCGAAUUUUGGCAGUUACAAAAACUCAUAAAAUAUAUAAAAGCUGGUAAUCAAACGGCUACAACUGUCGCUCUAUGUCUUCUUAAAAAUUUUAAACUUGACAGUCGGUCAAUUCAACGAGCAAUACGUGAAAUGGGUGGAUUAGAAGUUCUUGUGAAUCUUCUAGAAACGAAAGACGUUAAAUGCCAACUAGGAUCUCUUGCUGUUUUAUCAAAAAUGGGAUAUUGUUCUGAGACACGUCGAUAUCUUAUUGAUUUAGGUAUUGUAUCACCGCUUAUUGAAUUACUUAAACAUCCAGCGAGAGAUGUCAGAAUAUUAACUGCAGAAACAAUGGCCAGUAUUGCAAUGAUGCGAAAAGCUAGAAAACAAAUUCGCAUUCGUUCGGGUAUUGCUUUGAUAUUAGAUGCAAUGGACGUUCCCGAUAAUGUUUUACGACGAAAUUCCGAACUGUUGAAUGAAAGUGAAAGACAACAUGUCGCAGUAGCUAUUGCUUGUGCUAAAGUUCUUAAUUCUUUGAGCAGUAGUCCGAAGAUUAAAGAAGAACUUCGAAAGCAUGGGGUUGUAUUUUUUAUGAGUCGUUUUCUUCAGUCAACUCACAUUGAACUUAUUAUUCCAAUUAUGGGAGCAAUCCAACAAUGCGCUGAUUUAAAAGUAUUUAGAUUGGCCUUUGAACAAAUAGGAAUUAUAUCUGAAAUAGUACGACAUCUUUGCGACAGUGAAGCUGCUAGCAGUAAAUACACCCAAUCAUUGAUAAAUCACCACAAAAGUAGUCAUGCAGCUGAAUCAUCACCUGAACUAGAUGCUCUGAGUGAAAAAGCGAAUGAAGAAGCCAGACGUGUAGAGAAAGAGCGUUUGAAACUUGAAGAAAAUUGUGCUCUUGCUAUAUUCAAAUGUGCUGCUAAUAAAUUAACACGUGACAUGGUACGACAAUCUGGUGGAUUGGAUCCUCUCUGUCGAUUGAUUCAAAGCGAGAGCAUACGUUCCAAUAAAAAUCUCCUUGCUGCGGUAACUGGGGCGAUUUGGAAGUGUGCGAUAAGCCCAGAAAAUGUAUACAGAUUUAAUCAAAAUAAUUUGGUCGCUUCUCUUGUACCACUUCUUGAAGAAAAUGAAGACGAACAAGUUCUUGCUAAUGUCGUAGGUGCGCUAGCCGAAUGUUGUGUUGAUCCGGCAAAUAGACAUGUGCUAAGAAUUAACAACGGCCUUCCGAAAUUGAUAAGAUUACUAAGUGGAACAUAUGAACCUCUUUUAGAAAACUUACCAUUAGUUAUUAAGGAAUGUGCUGAAGAUGAACAAUGCAUGGAUGUUAUAAACGAUCCAUCUCAUUCGCUUGAUGGUGUUCGUCUUGUAUGGUCGUUGCUUAAACAUCCAAGUAAUGUUAUAAAACGCAAUGCUUGUAGAGCACUUGUCCCUUGCAUCAAAUAUGCUAAAGAUUCGCCCGAAAUGGUUCGCGCUUUUGUGGGUGGUCUUGAACUCACUGUGUCUAUAUUAGAUAGUGAUGAUAACCAAGUACUGGCUGCUGUUUGCGCGACAAUCGCCGAAAUUGCUGUAAAUCCAGAAAAUCUGGGCAUACUUACUGAUCACGGUGUUGUUCAAAAAUUAGCUAAGCUUGUACAUACGGAAGAUGAAGACUUGCGAGCAAAUCUUACUCUAGCAAUAGCAUUUUGCUGCGAAUGGGACCGCAAUAAUUAUGAGUUCGGCAGAUUAAAUGCUGUCGCACCUCUUGUUAAUUAUGCAAACAGCAAAAAUAAAGAUGUACUUAAAGGAGUUUGUAUAGCAUUUUAUCAUCUAAGUAAAGAACCAUUGAAUUGUGUUACUAUGCAUACCUGCGGAGUUAUUAAGCAUGUACUUCGUCUUGUUGGAUCCGAUGAUCCGGAAGUUCAAAUAGCAGCGGCGACAACUAUUCGGAACAUCCGGAAACUUGCACUCAAUACUGAAAAAUUAAAUUUCGGUGGGAUCAAUACCCUAGAGGAAAUGGAUUACUGCACCUAAAUAAUAUAAAUAAAAAAAAGUACCAUCAAAAAAUGUAAAAAAAAAUAUUAAACAAAUAAAAAAAAAAGUUAUUCAUCAAAUAGGAUCAGAAUUACGUCCCUAUAACAAAAUUAUAGGUUUGCGAACAUGAUUUUUCUCGCAGAGUUGUGUCGUCAUCUCCCCCGAAAUUCUUCCACAUACUUUUAUAUAUUUAAAUCCACCAUAUAUCGAGUACUUGCGAGAAGUGUAAUUCAAUGUAAAAUAAAAUUUAUCUCUUACAAAUAACUCGAAGCCCUCAUGAUUAUUCUAUUAAAAUAAAAUAACAGACUAAAGUAUAAUUAUUUAUAAUAAAUAUUAUUCCCAAAAGUAUACAGAAUUUAAAUAAUUUAAUUUAAAUAAAUAUUGCUUUUGUAUAACCACCUGUGUACGUUUGAAUAGACGUCACACUUCAAA